GCGGAAUUUCUGACACUGGCGUUACGUAAUGGUUUCAACUGAUGGUAAAGCAACAAUCUUAAACUAUGUCAGGAAUUGCUUUGCAUCUGGAGAUGAUUCGGGAUUUUGCGAAAAAUUACUUAAAAAAGUUAAAGAUGUCACAGAUGAAGAAAUUGAAAAUAUUUUAAGUGGACAGUAUUUUAAUGAAGUUGUAAACACGGACUCCGAUGAUUUUUACAGGCACUCCCCAGAAUGUGCCUUUGUACCUUGUGAAGAUCCGUUAAGCGCGUUUUACUCCUCCAUUAAUAACUUUGAGAAUUCUCAGCAGUCAUCCCUUUCACUUAAAAGGAAUGCAUCUAAUAUUCGACAGCUUUCCGUCUAAACAGACGGAUAAUUUUGUUAUUCUCCUGAUACAGGAUUACCUCUUCGUUAGGGAGGACUUUUCGUCUCAAACUGCGUUUGGCUUAACUUUAUUCUGAAAAUACAUUUGUCCAGUCGUCUUGUUGAGAACUUGGUUUAUUAGCGUAUAAACCGUUACCCAUAAUAACUCCAUCUUCUACACCUGUUCUCUGCAAUCGCGUCAAUUUAAAGGGCUCGUUUUAUUGAUGGUUGUCUAACUCACCACGGCCAAAGUGAUCAUUGUAGCUUAUAAGUUCGACUGUCAGCUGAAUGUUAGGUAUAUUGCCUACAGUUUAAGUUGAGUGAGUAGAAUGUCAUCUCUAUGCAUCAGUAAUCUUAAAAUGUACGGAUCCCAACUUUUCAUUAAAAUAUUCUACAUUAUUUCCACUAACACAAAUGGGUUGUGAUAGAUUUUACUGUUACUAACUUUCACGAUAAAAAGUCUUAAGAGGGUAGCUAUUCUUAUUUCAGCUCUUAGUGGUGAAUAAAUCAUUCUAAUAAACAGACUUUUACCGCCACUAUUGUUGUGGCUACUGUUUAGCUGAGGAAGUGGACGCGUAUUUCCCAUCAAAACCGAUAGUCCGCACAAACAAACCAGAUACAACAAUAAAAUCAGAAAAAUCUGGGUUGACUUUGGCACUAGAACAAGCUAAGCUGAGUGGACAUUUAAAAAGAAAUAAACUAUUCUCUGAUUUUGCUAUCUACGAUGCUCGGUCAACACUUGGUACAAAUCAGCAUGUUCCAGAUGGCCGCUUUCCCAGUGCAAACGUAGAUCCUUCUCUGCGCCAGUUCAAUGUUUGGCUCUGGAGGCUUAAUGGCUUCCCGCGCACGUCAAUUAAAGUGCAGCCUCGAGUGGGUACUACAGUGCAACAGUUUAUGGGGCUUACUUUAUGGCAGUAUUUUAAUGAGUUUUCAACAUCUGACAAUGAUUUGACACUUGUGCCAACUCAGUUAGAUGAUUUAGAUGAAUCAUUUUUAAACCGGCUGGCUUUACACAUGUUUGAUACACUGGAUGAUGAAUGUGACGAUAGUGAAGAUGUAGAUUCAGAAUUUCCACCGCUUGAAUUGAAUGAUCCAAUUCAUAAAUAUGAAUUUAAGUCAUUUGCCCUGGUUGAACGAGUGGAAACACCAUUGGCAGAGGCAUCAAAGAAAGAAAUUUCGCAUGUGUUAGUCACAAUACAUAUGGCUCAAGGUAUGAGUGUACUCCGAUUCCCAUCGGAUACGUGUCUAAGUACAGUGUUAGAACGUGCUGUAUAUCGUCGUCGUCUACGCCAGCAUGGUGGUUAUGCUUAUCGAUUGGAACUUUGGCCACGGAACACAGACCAACAGAACAACAAUACAAAAAGCAAUAAUUUUCUAUUGAAUAAAAAUUCGCAGUUAGAUAUGAAUAAACCAUUGAGUUAUUUUAUUGCUGCUGGUUUGCCCUUACACUUUCUUCUUGUUCGUGAAAGCAGUCGGUGUGAUACAGCUCUUUCAGAUCAAAACGAUGAUAUUGAAGCAACAAAGUCAUCAGAAUCAAUGUUAGCGUUAGAUACAACAUUAGAACCAGUUCAUACAGCUUUACAUUUAAGACAAUAUCAGGUGACUUAUUUAAAAGGUCUUUUUCCACCUGAAGUUCAGUUAAGUAUGUUAUUUUUUCCUUAAUCGUUAAAUUGCUGUGAUUUUUCGUGAUUUUAUUGUUGGUUAAUUGUACUUGGCAUACAAAAUAGUAAUGGCAAUAGCUAUGUAUAGCUGUUACCAUGAUUCUAUAGUUGAGCUUAUCUAUUGUGGUGAUAUGUCAAGGUGUAUUGGCUCUAACAGUUUCCCCCUUAUAUUCUUCUAUACCACCCAAAUCAUUUUUUAAAGUGAUAUAACCAAAGAUAUGAAGUUUCGGCUUCAAUGAAUAAGUCAUACUGAUAAAUGUACUGGAGUGUAAUAACAGUAAUUAGUUUUCUAUUGGUGACCAGCAUCUCGAGUGGUACUAUCUCCCGACAGAUAAAAGGAGUGGGGUUAGAAAAGCUACAUAUUAAGAAGAAUAAAAUGCCUCAUCGUUGUCUCAUCGAUUUAUAUUGUCGAUGUUACGGUUUAUAAAGCACAUGACCUUAUAUUAUCAAGUUGAAAAACACUUAAUUACAGAAGACUAUCUAUGACUGAAAUCAAUUAGUCAUUAUAUAAACUAUGUGGUCACCCUUAUGGACCGGUGCUAAUUUAGUCUUUUUCAGGUUUGUCAGUAAGAGAGUUGACUAACAGUUGGUGUAUCUAUCACCUGAACUAAUCGUGACAAUAGCAGUCGAUUUCGUCUGUCACGAAUAGUUGGGACUUAGGGCAUAAUAUAUUAAUCUUCUCUGGUUUAUACAGUUGAUUUAGUCAUAAAUAUACUAUUUUCAAUUAAUCAGCCCAUCAUAAACAGUACUGACCCUAGCAGCAUACAUGUGCAUCAAUCCUAGUACCCACAAAACACCUUAAUAGCGAGACUAAAUUCAUAUGAUCCAUAGCAAACAGUUCAAAAUAAUAGUAGUGUUGAAUAUCGUUGACGAUUCUAAAAAUAGAAAAUAUGUCUCGAAAAGAAAAAAGAGUCUGUGGACGAAAAACUAUGGAAUAGAAUUUUGGAAAAACCAACACAAAAGAUAAAAAAAAAUAAAUACUUCCACUCAGUAGUGCGGCUGAUUCUGAGCAUUUCAUUUAACAUGCCCAGCUACUGAUCAGAAUUAUUGCACAAAGUCCAUUCAAAAAGUUUGAUUCACCAUUCCAACAGUCAUUGAUUUCAUAAACUGACCCCAAAUUUUGAUUUGGAUGCUUUUAGUUUUCUUCUAAUGCAAUUGUACACGAGCUAGGAUUUACAGUUGAUUGAUCACUGGGUGGUGAUCAAUGUCAUGUGUAUCAGGUCCUUCCUAUCGAUCAAUUUGCGAUGUGGCCACCAAUGUAGGUGAGUCGACAUUGCGUGCAGUAUGUUGAGAUAAGAUGGUGAUUGGGGUUAGUUCACAGGAAAUACCAGAUGUAGGUUUCAUGCUAUUAGGCACUCGUCAGCGAGGUUUACCUGUUACAACUUAGGUUUACAUAUCCAUUUAGGCUUCCACACAACAUGCAAGAUUAAUUCCUCAAACACAUCACCAGAUACACUAGCAAUUCUUAUUACAUCCGUAAACAAAUUAUUCUAGCUUUUGGAUGUAUAAUAAAUCAGAUAGCAUUUAACUAUUAGGUUAUUUUUACCUUCUUACAAUACCGUUUCUCCUAAAUAAUUCUGACCUUUUACAGAUUUGCUUUUCUCAUUCGUUUCCAUGUUAAUUAUAUUCAUAUAUGUUAUUGUGUGCUUUGUUUAUGCGUAUAUCUGCAUUGCAUUCUCUAUUCUAUGUACGUGUGAAUUAUGUACGAGUCCAUUAAAAGACUCUCCAUACUUCAUUUGCUUAUUGACUCUCUUGGUUUGUCUGGUCAUACGAAUGCCUGAAGUAUAUGUACCCGUAGCAUUCGUAUCCCGACUUGUAUUCUGAACCUGUUAUGUUGACAGGAUGUAUGCGAAUUCAGUAGAAAUUUAUAAUUUACUAUCAUCAUUGUUCAUCAUCAAUGGAGUCAGAUUGCGCUACUUUUGCUCAACUUUGGAUGUAGAAUAAGUGACUGCCUCGUAAGUUUAGGCCAACAGCAGGAGCCCUCAUCGGUCACCGGUAGGUUUGUUCUGUCAUAGCUAGUCGAAUGGAAACGUGGCUGACACUGCAUAGCUCGGUUCUCAAACAUUUAAUGAUACCAGCAUGUCUCGGUGUUCCUACGUCUACUGUUCUAUCUGUUUUUCACGUUUCUAUGUACGUUGUGAUAAUAUUGGUGUGUGUGUGCACACCUCUGAAGUUUGUCACGUUUAAGCGUAAAGUGUAAAAUCGUUUUCGAAAUAGUCUACUUUAUCUGUCGUUUGUGUUUUUUGAUGGUACUAUUCGAAUUAGCUUGUGUGUGUGCAAUCUCAGUUAAUCUAUCGAUUCCAACCUCUGAUUAACCGAACAAUGUUAUUUUAUCAUUUUCAUUUGAGGCGGUUACCAUGGUAUGCAUACAUCUAUCAUUAACACUCCUAUACUUUCAUAUUCAGUUAGAUUUGUUUUGUUAACUAAACAUUGAGGUAAGCGCCUAGCCUUUAUGUCACUAAGUUAGCGUCCAAUGAUUUACAUGUUCAACUUCAAUUAAUUAACGAUCUUGUACAACCAUCUCCAUUUACCAUUAGUGGGCAAUCGCUUCACAUCUGACAUGGUUGAACUCAACUAGAUACGAUCUCUCACUUACAGCUUCAGUAAUUGUCUAUCGUAAUUAGUCAAUGACGAGCGCAUUAUUAUUAGCGAAGUAGAGCAUUUAUAGACUUAUUUACUUACACCUGUUACUCCUCGUUGGGAAGUAUAGGCCGUCCACCAGCACUCUCAAUCCAACCCUGUCCUGGGCAAUCCUUUCUAGCUCUUUCCAGUUGCUAUUCAUCCAUUUUUACGUCUGCUUCCAACUAUCAAUAUAUUGUGUUCUUUGGUGUUUCUCUUUUUUAUUCCCUUUCAGCGUCCCAAGUUAGUGCUUGCCUCGUGAUGAAAUUUGAUCAUUUCCUUAAUGUAUGUCCUAUCCACCAACUCCAUCACCUAUUCCUAAUUUCCUCUUCAGUUGGAAGCUGGUUUGUUCGCUCCCACAGAAAGCUAUUGCUGAUGGUAUCCGGCCAAUGGAUGUUUAGUAUCUUACGUGGACAACUAUUUAUAAAUACUUGUACUUUCUUGAUGAUGGUUCUAGUAGUUCUCCAAGUUUCAGCUCCAUACAGUAGAACUAACUGUCUCGACGUUCGUAUUGAAGAUUGUGACUUUGAUAUUAGUUGACAGACAGUUGUUUUGAGUUGCAUAUAUUGUUCAAUUUUAGGAAUGCUAUUCUUGCUUUGCCAAUCCUCACCUUUACGUCUACAUCAGAUUCUCCUUGUUCAUCGAUGAUGAUGCUUCCCAGGUAUGUGAAGUAUUCCACAUCUUCCAGAGUUUCGCGUUUACUAAGAUUGCUGAAUUUUAUUGUUUACUUCACAAAUCGACCAUAAUUCAUUAGGUAGUCACCAUUAUACAAAACUAUUCAAUGUUUACUGGUCUACAAUGAUUAUUUAACUAACAGCUAUGUAAUUUAUCAUCGUAACUCUACAGAUGUGAAGGCGCGGAUCGGCAAAGCAAGAGCAGCUUAUUUACAAUUGAAGAAUAUCUAGAACUCAAAGCAACUGUCAACGAACACCAAAUUCAGAAUUUUCAAUACAAAUGACAAGACAGUUCUACUGUAUGGGGUGGAAACUUGAAGAACUACGAAAGCCAUCAUCCAGAAGAUACAAAUGUUUAUUAACAGUUGUCUACGCAAAAUACUUCACAUCCGUUUACCAGACACUAUCAGCAACAACCCAACUGUGGGAGAGAACAAAUCAGAUGUCAUCGGAGGAAGAAAUCAGGAAGAAGCGCUGGAAGUGGAUAGGACACACAUUGAGGAAAGCACCGAACUACGUCACAAAGCAAGCCCUCAUUACUUAGAAUCCUCAACUCGAAAGGCGAAGAGGAAGACCAAAGAACACGUUACGCUGAGAAAUAGAGACAGACAUAAGAAGGAUAAACAAAAAUUCGACAGAAUUGAAAAGGAAGGUCCAGGACAGAAUAAAUUGGAGAAUGUUUGUCGUCGGCCUAUACUCCAUUGAGAGUAACAAGCUUAAUUAUGUAAUGUAUUAUAAAUGAUCAUCAUAACUCCUACAACUUAUCUAUCAUCACAUUUUUCUCUUUAUUUCUAGACAUUUCAUCAAAUGAAUUAAAAAUUGAACAAAAACGUCCAAAAUUAUUUUCUAAAUUAAUGAAAUCAAUUAUUAUACAAAUUAAUACAAUUGCUGAUUGUGAAUUAAUCACUAAUGGAUAUUUAACUUAUGGUAUAAUGGAUAAAUCAUCUAUUACAACCCAUAAUCAUCAUCAUCAUCAUCAUCAUAAUAUUGAUGAAUCAAAUCCAAAAUUUUCUGGUAAUUUAUGCACAGAUUAUGUAAUAGGAGGAAAUCAUAAAACAUCAAAUAAUAAUAAACAUUCUAUAACAACUGAACAAUCAUCCAAAUCAUUUUUAUCACAUAAAACACAAUUUAGAAUUGUUUAUAUUCCUAAUUUCGAUUUACAUUCCGAUUGGAUAACUUCACAAUUGACCACUUCUAUUGGUAUUGGUGGAGGUGGACGACCAACUGCUACUAAUGGCCAACAACAACAACCUCAUAUUCUUCUGCCAGCAUCUUCUACAUCAACUAUUGUACCUUGUUUUGGACAAGAUUUACCUGAGGUCACAAAUACUAACAUGUUCAGUAGUACUGAUGCCAAUUGUAAUACUAAUAUUGCUAUGAAUAUAAAUACAACUACCUCGAGUAUAUCAACUACUAAUAUUACUACUUCUACUUCUACUACUGUUAUCACUAACAGUAAUAAUAAUAAUAAUAAUAAUAAUAAUAAUAAUAAUAGUUUAUUUCAACAAUUAUGCUUUGAAACACAAUGGUCACGAGCUAGAGCUAUAUGUGAUCAAUUGAAUAUUAUUUUAGAAGUAUGUCAAAGUCAAUCACGUCAGUUGUAUAUGAAACAAAGAUCCAUUCAUAAUUGAAGUACAUUUAUAUAUACAGACCGUCACCUUGUAAAUUAACUUGGAUUAUUUUAUAUAUAUAUGUACUCAUUAUUUCAAUUGUAUAUCAAAUUACUUUUCACAUGUAACUUCUUGUAUGUAUGAAUGUGUAUGCUUGUUUGUUCUCUGUGUGUGUGUGUGCCCAUGAUGUCUGAAUGAAAAGUGAUUACACUCGAUGAUUGUAUAAUUUCUAACUUUAUUUUCAUAUAAAUCUUAACGCUAACAACCAUUCUGCCUUCUUCUCGUUCUUCUUCCUAGAUUGGGUUGAUUAAAUAAUUUUUAUCGUAGCAUUGCAACUCAUCGUCUAUUCAUGAAACUAAAAUGUUCUUAUUUAAAUCCUGAACUGAUCUAAGUUAGACCAUCAGUUAGUCAUCAUUGGAAACCCGAUGUUAUAUUUGAAGAGAUUAUGAUAUCAGCUAAACCAGUUAACGGAACAAAAGUCAACAAGACAACAACAUGCUAAGUUAAGCUGUUUCAUUACGAUUCAGCCUCGCUAACUAGACGUAAAAGACAAAGAAUAAAAAGUAUAUAUAUUCCACAAGCAGUUGGGAGCACGGACGAACAAGCACACAACUCAUUCGUAUAUUUAAA